GUGCCAGCCAGCGUCACCUCAAACACUCUCAUUGCGAUACUUUUUCCCGCUAUAUUUUCAGAGUCUCUCGAGCGCGGAAAAACAGAAAAUCGCGGAAAUCUCGUGGUUUUGUGAAAGAUCGAGGAAAAUAACGAUCUCGUCUGACGACGUGGUCGAUCCGUCGAUGUUCUUGAAGCCAAAUUUUUAUCAUUGUUCCUUAAUAAAGCAUAACAUUUGCGAAGACGACGCUAAAGAUUUACUCUAGAAACGAUAUAAAUUUAUGCUUGGAGAAUUACCUCGUUGGAAAAGUGCGUUUCAAAUCUUCUCUUGUGUGAAACGAUCAAUCUCUCGAAACAUGAUAGUUUCUUGAUGUCUUGAAGAAGAAGUGAAGAGAAUCGAGGGUGCUAUUCAUAACUUUGAAGAACUGUAAAAGCUGUGUGCUUCUUCACCACUGUGAAAAAAAAGUUUGACGAUAAUUGAAAAACUUGGAAGAGAUUCAGUGAUCGUUCAAAUAGGCAGAAUUCAGAGCAAGAUUAUUUCCUUUCGUUUAAACUUCGCAAGAUUUUUUCACGUUUCACGUUUCACAUAGUAAAGCAGAAGAGAUGAGACCACCCGCGUACAAUGGAGACGAUAUGGAACAAAUUUCUCAGGAACAAGGAGAGAGGAACGUGGCUAUGGCUGUUUGUGUGCAAUUGGCGGGCCGGGCGAUAAUUAGGGUAGUUUCCCGGUGCGAACAGGCACAGGACAAUUGUAAUCUAGAUCUAUCAGAAUGCCAGUUGAUGCAAGUACCUGAUGCAGUUUAUCAUUUAAUGAGACAUACAGAAUUAAAAAGAUGUAAUCUAUCUGGAAAUGUAAUAACAAAAAUUCCACCAAAAUUUGCAAUAAAAUUUUCAUUGAUCACUGAAUUGAACCUGAGUCAUAAUCAAAUGAGCAAACUACCAGAGGAACUUGCUGAAUUACAAGCAUUAGAAAGGUUGGACAUUUCGCAUAAUACUUUUAUUGCUUUGCCACCCGUUACAUGUCGGAUACCGCAACUUAAGCGGCUCCUUGCCAACAACAAUUCCAUCAUUGACAUAGAUAUCGAAAGACUCAGGCAUGCUCCUGCGUUAGAAUUUAUUGAUCUUCAAGCCAAUCCGUUAACAGCAAGGAUGCACGAUUUACUCAGUACUUUGACCCGAAUUAAAAUUGAAUUAACGCCUCGACAAGUUGAAGAAUGGGAAGAUCUUACUAUUUGAAAUGAAUCUAUAGCUCAAAGAAAACAAUAAAAUCUGCCAAAGCAGUUAAUCGUCGAAUAAUCGUCCAAUUUGGACGUAGUUUGCUUCCAUUAUUAUUGACUGAAAUUGUUCGAAAGUUCGCUAACAGAUUGUUAAGCGAAUUAAGAACAAAAGCAAGUAUUUUGUACAGUAAUAAAAUAUCAUACGACUGAGCGAUAACAGGUGUAACGAUAAGCGGCAAAAAUGAUCAGAAAAUAGUAUAUUCUUUAAUUGAUGAUUUUCAUAAUCUGUACUUAAGGAUAGAUUUGCCGCGUACCUGGAACUUUUUUUAUUGAUCUCGUGGAUAGCGAUCGAUUGUCAUUUCUUUUACUCUCGUUUUGUACCGUGUGGAUUUUUUUAGAUGUUAUUCUGCUGCUCGCUCAUUUGGCCCACGCAAUGCUGUGAUUCAUGUAAGUACAUAUAACAUUGCGAGCUGUCGAUUCGAUUUACUACUAUAUUUUUUACUAACUCCAAAUAAGUAUCCUGUAUAUUUAAGAUAUGUUUUAUUAUUUUUUAUGCGUGGACUUGACAUAUUGCGACGUACAUAUUGUAUAAUAAAUCGUACGACUGCCAAUUUAUAGGCGAUCUAAUGCUAACAUCUUCGCCAUAAAUCGAUAUUUUAAUUUUAUAAAAGCAUUGAAGAGAAAAAGAAAAAAAUAAAACAUAUAAAUUCAGCAUACUGUUUAUAAUAUACAAAAAUUCAUGACUUUUUUUUUUUUUUUUUUGCUUAGAUACGUGCAAGAAUUUUACAAGAAGAAGAUUGUAUUUAAUUUAUAUAAACAAUAUGUAAAAUGUAUUAAAUUGUAUUAUAUACUAAUUGUAAUGUAGUUCUAUGUAUAUGCACAACAAGUAUCAGAAUGUAUUGCUCUGUAUUUCUGAUCUAGUCAAUUGUCCGCGAAACGUUAUAAUAUACUUUAAGAAAUACAUUUCUUUUUUGCUUUUCCCUCUAAUUCACUUUCCUUUUAAUGAUUGAAAAAAAUAUAAAAAACAGUAAUAAACGGAUAUGUUGGAUUUGCAUAUUAAUAUUAUAAAAAAAAUGUUUAUUACGUUAUAUUGGUUUAGUAGUUAUAUUUUUUCAAUAUUAAUAAUAAUAAUAAUAAUUAUAAUAAUAAUAAUAAUAAUAAUAAUAAUAAUAAUAAUAAUAAUAAUAAUUAAACGUAUAAUGAGUCACGGAGUUAAUUAUCUACAAUACUUGUUCAUGGAUAUAAAAUCACAAAAUAUACAUAGAAUGGACGCAGUUGAAUGUUAAGAAUUAAUAUAAACGUAAGAAUAUCGUUCUUUUUUCUUUUCAUCGUUAUCUAAUGAUUUUCUCUUUUCACUUUCAUAAAGUGAUACAGCCUAUCAACGAGCAAAAAGUAUUGCGAUUAAUUUUUUAUCAACAUCAAAGACCGCAUGCGAAAAUCGAAUACUGUUGAUUCUCGCAAAAUCUAAAAAUUCUCGAUGCUUAUUCUUUGACGAUUAAGGAUAAAUUAUAAAAAAUCGUGAAAACACGAGGCGCAUGUUUAUGAUCGAUUGCAAAAUGCAGUAAAACUUACAGUAAAAAUAUGUAUGUUAAAGAGUCAAAGAAUUACACCGAAUAGGCAACAAUUGCGGCUGAGAAGAAGGCUAUUGAUGUUAUUUAAUUUAUGUACUUUCGUACCUUAUAUACCGAGGCUAUACUUUAAUGAGUGAUUAUAGAUUUUAUAUAUAUAUACAUAUACAUAUUUUUAAUACGCGAGCAUAUAUACGACUACACGAUUUUGAUACAUCGCAAUCGAAUCUAGGACGAAUCUAGCUUUGUAACUGAGAAGUUAAGAAUUUUUUCCAAAAAUGCCGAAAUAGAGACGUUUUUUUAUAUUUAAAAGAAAAAAGGAAGAAAAAAUAAUAAUAAUAAUAAUAAUAAUUCAACGUCACCAUUUCGUAUUUAUAUGCAAUGGAAAUAAAUUCAUCACUUCGCACGAUACAUAUCGAACCUGGCACUCACACACGUACCAUACAUUUCGUUUCUCCUCCCAUAUCUCUUGCAAUAUGUACACAAUAUAUCUUAACUAAAUUCACAUCCAGGCAAUAUCAUAAACAAAACUUAGCCGAUCAAUACUCGGAAUCAAUCUACUUGCUGUACAGAGCACCACCUAAUCACCUUCUAGUUGCAUUAAAAAAAAAAAA